CGGGCACGGUCCCAGCUCGGACUUCCAUCCUUUUGACAAAACACACACCGAGGCGUCAGAGGGAAGCUGGGCAGAGACAGAUCCCUGCCAACAUGGACAGGCCGAUGCUGCGCCUGACUCUCCUCUGGGCCUUGGUCCUUCCAGGUGCCAUUGGCGUAAACAUGGAGGAGAAACUCAUCAACUACCUUUUCACGGAGAAAAACUACAACAAGAAUCUGCGGCCUGUGAUUUCCAAGGAGGAGAGCGUCACCAUCAAACUGGCCUUGACCCUCUCCAAUUUGGUGUCCCUGAAAGAAGCAGAGGAAACCCUCACCUCCAAUGUCUGGAUUGAACAUGGCUGGACAGACUAUAGGCUGCAGUGGAAUGAAUCAGAGUUUGGUGGCAUCGGGGUCCUCCGUCUUUCACCAGACAUGCUAUGGCUGCCACACAUCGUCUUGGAGAACAACAAUGAUGGUAAUUUUGAGAUCACCUACAGUUGCAACAUCCUCGUCUACAGCAACGGCUUGGUGUACUGGCUCCCGCCGGCCAUCUUCCGCAGCGCCUGCCCCAUCAACGUCGACUUCUUUCCAUUUGACUGGCAGAAUUGUACCUUGAAGUUCAAUUCCUUGAUGUACAAUGCCAACGAGAUCACCUUGGAGGUCAAGGAUGACGUAGAGUUGCCGGAGCAAAUAGAAGGCGAAAAGGAGAAACCUGCACAGUCUUUCCUGGUGGAAUGGAUCAUCAUUGACCCAGAAGGCUUCACUGAGAAUGGCGAAUGGGAGAUCAUUCACAGACCGGCCCGCAAAAACAUUGACCCCAGCGUCCCCCGGGAGAGCAAGAAGCACCAGGACAUCACCUUCUACCUCAUCAUCAAGCGGAAGCCCCUGUUCUACAUCAUCAACAUUGUCACCCCUUGCAUCCUCAUCGCCUUCAUGACCAUUCUGAUCUUUUACUUGCCUGCGGACAGUGGAGAGAAGGUCACCAUGGCCAUCUCCAUCCUACUGGCUCAGUCUGUCUUUCUGUUGCUGAUCUCCCAGCGCCUGCCUCCCACCUCCUUUGCCAUCCCUCUCAUUGGCAAGUACCUGCUUUUUGUGAUGCUCCUUGUUACAGCCAUCGGGGUGCUUUGUGUCGUGGAGCUGAACAUCCAUUAUCGUACACCCAGCACCCAUCGGCUCACCGACUGGACCAAAGAGUUCUUUCUGGAGACCCUCCCUCGCCUCCUGCAUAUGUCCCGUCCAGAGGAGAGUGAGCCUGAGCCCCGGGACGGUCUUCUGAUCCGACGGAGCAGCUCUGUUGGCUACAUCGUCAAGGCUGAGGAAUAUUUUACCGUCAAGUCCCGCAGUGAGCUCAUGUUUGAGAAGCAGUCAGAGAGGCAUGGCCUGGCCAGCCGAAUCACUCCUGCAAGGCCAAACCCUCACGGAACGGAUGGCAUGGAGGAACAACUCUACAACGAAAUCAAGCCAGCAAUUGCAGGGGCCAACUUCAUUGUGAAGCACAUGCGGGACAAGAAUGACUGCAGUGAGGAGAAGGAGAGCUGGAACCGCAUUGCGCAAACAUUGGACUACGUCUGCUUCCUCUUGGUCACCCCGGUCCUGACCCUUGGCACCUUAUGGAUUUUCAUGAUGGGCUACUACAACCACCCUCCGCCCCUGCCCUUCGAGGGGGAUCCUUUUGACUACCGUGAAGAACACAAACGCUACAUUUAAAAGGGCAAAACCUGGACUCAUGGACAUCCAUCACCUAUUUGCCUGGUCUGUAGAAUGGGACUGUAGCUGGGGCCUUGCCCAUUCACCUGCGAAGGCUUAUGUGAAGUGUUAUGGUUUUAACCAUUUAAGUUAUUUCUGCUUUUCUGUGUGCUGUAAUAAAUGCUACCUUUGCAAAAUGGCUAGAA